AUGCUGCAGCAUAAAGCUACUCGUUCAGUAUUUCUGCUGACACUUCAUUCAUUCCGUGCCUUUUCAACACGUCAAGUGGCUCAAUUCGAGACUCAAGUAUUGGAGAAACUUCGUAGUGUGUCAGAUGGAUUAGGACUGGGUAACAUUGUGUCCUUAGGUCGUGUCAAGGACCUCUGUGUCACACCUGAAAACGGCCAAGUCACGUGCAAGAUUGAAACGUCAUCACCAGUCCUAUUGGAACUGGCCUAUCAGUGGAAAAAGGACGCAGAACUUGCUGUAAACGAGCUUGAAUGGGUCAAAACCACAAACUUUGAGAUCACAAAGUAUCGACCACGUAACGCUCGUGCUGGGCGCUUCUCAUCGCUAGCUUACGUUUCGGACAUUAUUGCUGUGUCUAGUUGCAAGGGUGGAGUAGGAAAGUCCACGGUGGCAGUGAACUUGGCCUUUAGCCUGGCGAAGCGUGGUGCUCGAGUGGGUAUUUUAGAUGCCGACAUUCAUGGACCGAGUUUGCCUACUAUGAUCUCACUGGAAGACCGAACUAUUCGUCCGUCGAGAAAGGUCAAGAAUUUUGUCGAACCGGUAGAGUACGAGGGUGUCAAAUGCAUGUCUUUUGGCUUUGUAAACCAGCGUGCUGCUCCAGGUGCUGGAGGAGUUGGAGCCGCUGUGAUGCGUGGACCGAUGGUCUCAAAGCUGAUUGAUCAGCUUGUCCUUGGUACGGAAUGGGGUGACCUCGAUUAUUUGGUCGUGGAUAUGCCACCAGGAACAGGGGACAUUCAAAUUUCGUUAUCGCAGCAAAUGGCUAUUUCAGCCGCAGUUGUCGUCACAACACCGCAGAGACUUAGCUUUGUCGACGUAGAGAAGGGAAUUGCGAUGUUUGAUGAUUUAAAGGUAUGGCAAAUCAACAUGAAGUUGCGAGUGCGUCUAGCUAACAUUCAAGUGGCUAUGAUUAAGGUGAAAACGGCAGCGGUGGUGGAGAAUAUGUCUUACUUCGAUUGCUCUCAUGGACAACGACACUUUCCGUUUGGCCCAGGACACACACAGGAGCUUGUUGAUAAGUACAACAUGAGAAACGUGUUUAAGCUGCCUAUCUUACAGCAGUUCAGUACAUCUGGUGAUUCUGGACGUCCCUUUGUUCUGUCAGAACUGUCUUCGGAGGAAGCAAAGACUUACGACUUGCUAGCCACCACAGUUGCGAAGGAACUCGUGGUUCUGAAGUAUAACGCACGCCUGGCGCCAGACCUGCUCUAUGACAAGAACCGUGGCAUCAUUCUCCGUUCGUACAGUCUAAACGAGGCAAAAGAGGCCGUAGUUCACCCCGCUGAUUUCCGAGCUCGAUGCCGGUGCGCUCAAUGUAUCAACGAGUUUACUGGAGAACAGAUUUUGGACCCUGCUACCAUUUCAAAUGAUAUCAUCCCGAUUUCAGUCGAACGCAAGGGUAACUAUGCCUUUGCGGUUAUGUGGAGUGAUAGUCACACGUCUUCGCUCUACACGUACGACGCGCUCACGGCACUAAUCGCUGAAUACACUGACACAUCCGCACAGCAAUAG